AUGCAAUUAUUUUGUAUGCCAGAGACUCAAUUUGUACAAAAGGAAUGUUAUAAAUAUUUAUCGUCAGCAUUGCUAUUGAGUUCAAACAAAAUAUUCUUGAAAUGGCACUUCUUGAGAUACCCAAAGAUGGUACAAUCCUACAUGAGUGCUUUAAAGGUCCAAGGAGGUAGUUAGAAGCCAGAAUCCUUGUUCAUACCUAAUAUAGUGUAGGACAUGAUUUAAAUAAUAUUUUCGUAUCCAAUUAGCGAGGCAAAUUUUAAGGAAAAUGAAGAGUUAAUACAAAUAGAAUCUCAAAAUCAAUUUAGAACAUUUUUAGAGAGAAAUUCAGCUCCACUUCCCACUCCUAAACACAUUAUCAAAGCAUAGAAUGAAAAAUUAUUGUACAGAAAAGUGACACAAACUUAAAUGAGAUACCUCAAGUGUAUUGAGAAAUUUGUGGAUUUUAUGAUUUUGUUAUUGAGUUCAAUCCCAACAAGGAAGUUCUUGAAGAUCUAUUUGCUUUCAACAAAUAUACUGCCCUAUUUGAAGUGCACAUUGCCUUAAUAUCAUUCAUGUGUAUUGUAGACAUUGGUUUAAUCAUUUGAACAUUAUUUAACAUAUCCAAUAAAUGAUUAGGAUGGAGAGGUGCUUUCACUCAAAGAUUAGUAAGUGAUGUAGAAGGAUUUCUUAAAGAAAUUGCAGACGGUGCUUUACAAAUAGUUUAAGUUCAUGGUAUAGCAAAAGGAAUUGGAAGAAUAUCAAUUCAUCAAAAAUUUAAGAAGAUCAGAAAUAGAGAAACUAUUCUAAAUGAUGAUAUUGGUGUUCCCAAUUGAUUUAUAGCCUAAAUUGUAUGAACCUGGCAAGAACUUUGAUUUUCUUAUCUAAGAAGUAAUGAAGGCUGCUGCACCUCCUCCUUAUCUAAACCAUUACCUCAAAGAUACUCCUCUCAUACCUAAUGAAUAGAUGAUAUGGGAUUAUAAACACAUCCCUGAAGAAUCUAAAAGCGGAGUAUUAAAAUAAGUUUUGGCUUUGCCCAAAUUGAACUUAUAGUUUCUAUGUUUUGAAGACUAUUUAGAAAGAAAUUAUAAGUUAUUUAAACUUGAAAGUGCAUUUGAUUUGAGAAAAGAUUUAGAGGACACUAUAAUCAGAAUGGAUCCCAAGUUUGAUUAAAAUGGUGCCUUUAUUUACUUCAGUGGAUGGGCUAAGGCAGCAACAGAAGUGAUUAAGUUCAGAAUUCAUGAAGUAUAGACUCCCGAGAUCGGUAAGAGAAUCCCAAGGAGGGUUUAUGGAGAGAUACAAUAUUCAGUUGAAAGGAUGGCAUAGAAUGUAAGGAAGGAUUGGGAUAGCUUGAAGAAGCAUCAAGUUGUAUUUUUGAUAAGCUUUAGAAAGGAGAUAGAUAUGUAGGAAUUUUAGAGUGAACUAAGUGAGAGAUAGAAUCUAAUUGAUUAGAUCGAGGAGAAUGAGGGAUGCAAGCUGUUUUGUGAAAAAUAUGGUAUUAGAGCAAUUAGAGGAGCUGAAAUAGAAUUGGUUUAUGAUGAAAGAAGGAGAGAGAUAUUAGAUUGGGAGGAACCAGAUCCCUCAAAGAAAUUCUAAGGAAAUUUAAGAAUCCUUCAUGUCUUUUUGGAUCAAGCAUAAUAUCAAGAAGAUAUCGAUUGUAUUAAAUUAAAUAAUUGUGAAAUCUAUGGAAAUUUCAAACUGUUGGUUAAAAGAAAUCCUAAAGAAAAUAACUUCAAAGCAAUCCUUGGAUCAAUCCAAUAAGUCAUAUUGCAGAAUCCUAAGUUACCCAAAUUUUUAGAUGAAAUUCUUUUGGGAUAUGGUGUUGAAGACAUUUCUUCAUCCUAAUAUUAUUUGAAGAAUCACACAAGUAGUGUGGAUUUCAGCCUCAGAGAUACUAUCAUUGAUUAAUCACACUAUGAUGAUGUGAUUUAAUAGAAUUCAUUCAUUCCAGAAGACUUGAAAUAGAGAAUUACUUUUGGUAAUGUGAAUAUUAGAAAGAGAGUAAACAACAUUAGAUUCACUAAACCUUAAAUAAAUGCAAUAGUUUCAGCUAUGUAUCCUGGUUUGACACUAGUUGUUGGUCCUCCAGGAACAGGUAAAACAGAUGUAACUGUUUAGCUUGUGAAUUUACUCUAUAAAAACUUCCCAAAUGAAAAAACACUUCUGAUUACUCAUUCUAAUCAUGCAUUGAAUGACAUCUUUUAAAAAAUAUCCAAAAUGGAUGUAGAUGAGAAACAUAUGUUAAGAUUGGGUAUAGGAGUCAAGGACUUAAAGUUAAGCAAGACAUUUUCAAGGGAAGGGAGAAUCGAUCAUAUGUUAUCAAGGAGAUUGCAAUUGUUAGAAAUUGUUGGGAAAAUUUAAAAAAGUGUGCAAAUUAUGUUUUCAGAAGAGUAUUCUUGUGAGGUUUCAGAGAUUUUCUUUAAAUUGCAUAUUCAAAGACUGUGGGAUAAUUAUAGAGAUAAGGUCCAAGCAGACCCCAACGUGGCAUUUCCUUUUAAUACUUUUGUUGAAUAAAACCCAUUGCUCUUUGAGAAGGCUUAAACAAGGGAAGAACAAUAUAGAGUAAUUGAGGACAUAUUUGAACAAGUAAGAGAAUGCAGACCAUUUGAAUUAUUGAGAAACAAAAAGGAGAGAGGAAAUUAUAUCAUUUGUCACCAAGCCAAAAUUGUAGCCAUGACUUGUACUCAUGCUGCUCUCAAGAGGAAUAGUUUCUGUGAAUAAGACUUUUAAUAUGAUAACAUAGUUUUUGAAGAAGCUGGGUAGAUAUUAGAAAUCGAAGCCUUCCUUCCAUUGACUAUGUCUUUAACUGGAAAACUCAAGAGAUUAAUAAUGAUUGGAGAUCAUAAUCAAUUGCCUCCUGUUAUUAAGAAUGUUAGUUUCUAAAAAUUAGCCAAUAUGGAAUAAUCCUUUUUUAUCAGAAUGAUUCGAUUAGGAGUAUUUUAUCAUCAACUUACAGAUCAAGGCAGAACAAGACCAGAAAUUAUGAAGUUGUAUUCUUGGAAGUAUAAAGAAUUAAAUUCAUUGUAAUGUUGUCAUCCUUCUUCGGAUAAUUAAUUUGGACAUGCUAAUGCUGGAUUUUGUAAAACCUUUUAAUUUAUUGAUAUCGAUUACAAAGGAGUUCUUGAAAAUAAACCUAUGCCAUAUUUCUAUUAGAAUAUUGUCGAAGCUGAAUUCAUUGUUGCUACUUACAUGUAUUUGGUCUUAAGAGGCUAUGAUCCAAAGCAAAUAACUAUUUUAACAACUUACAAUGGCCAAAAGAUGCUCAUUAAGGACAUCAUUACAAGAAAGUGCUCCUGGCAUUCACUCUUUAGAACUCCAGAAAAGAUUACAACUGUAGACAAGUUCUAAGGAUAAUAAAAUGACAUCAUCUUGAUUUCAAUGGUUAGAACAUCUCAGCCAGGCUAUUUACGAGAUAUUAGGAGAAUCAUUGUCGCUUUUUCAAGAGCAAAAUUGGGUCUGUAUAUUUUUGGAAACUUAUCAAUAUUUAAUAAAGUACCAGAAUUGUAAUAAACAUUCUCACAAUUCGUGUCUGAACCAUUACAUAUAUUGCCAAAUGAAGUGUAUAAAACUAAAAGGGCUCAUGAUGAUUUAUAGUUAGAAUAAUCUCAAAGUGUUAAUCAUCCAGACUAAAUGUAUGAAAUAAUUAAGACACAAUUAAUUGAAAGACAAAGACAAAAUUCUAAUAUCGAGAAUCUAACAGAAAUACAAUAAGAAUAGGAAUUGUAGAGCUAAUGAAAAUUAUAUAUUUUUAGCAUAUAAA